AUGGGAAGAGGUGAGAGCGAGGUGUGGGACGAAAAGCACGUGGACACAAUACAGGAUCAGCCUAAGAAAGUCGAUGAGGAGGAGGACACAAGGAGUGGAGACUCAGGGAGCAAGUGCCCGAAAUGCUGCUUGAAGACGAGGGACUGCCUGAUGAGUCCGGAGUGUGGACGGGCGCUCCAGAUCUCCAGUGUCAUCGCCUUCUGUGGGAUGUGUAUCCGCAU